AUGUCUGCUAUCUGGAAUCUCCACUCUUUUGGCCCCUUUGCUGAUGCAAGUAAGGGUGAUAAUCUGUUUCCUGCUAAAGAUUAUAUCCAUAAGCAUUCAUCGGAGAAUAGCAGCAGAAAAAUCCAUGGGAUUGCUGAUGCUUAUGAUAAAAAGAAACUAGUGAAGGUCUUUAAGAAGAAAUUUGCCUGUAAUAGUACUAUAAUUGAGCAUCCAGAACACGGAGAAGUAAUUCAGCUACAGGGUGACCAGCACGAGGACGUAUGCCAAUUCAUAGAGAUUGGACUGGCUGAGGACGACCAGCUGAAGGUUCAUGGCUGUUAG